CACAAGACCUACCCGCCAUUUCUCUUCAGAGUCUUACCAAAAAAAAGAGAAACUCUCAAAAAAAAAAAAAAAAAUAAAGAAAAAAAGAAAAAACCGACCAAACAUGGUCUUAGCAUCAUCAUCACCACCUGAAUCAGAGCAUGCCUCCGCUUCAUCACCGAAGCGGUUAACACUAGGCUUUCUCAUGUCUAUUUCGUCUCUGAUGGCUAUUUGUGCUAAGCACGCAGGUCGCGUUUCCAACAAGCUCAAGACGGCAUCGUUCAAGACCAGCCACCACCACCACCGUGAUCACGAGGGUCAUAAAAGUCCAAAGCUAUUAUUAUUAUCCCCGAAAUCGCCUUUGGUAAGGCCUAAGCAGCUGUUGACGCAAAUAAGCAAUAAGGCCAUCACGUUUGUUCACAGCAAAAAGAAAAGAGACGGCACUGCCGAUGUUGUGGCGCCUGAUGAGUUUGGAGAUGGUGGGGUCUGGCAAAAAGCGAUCCUGAUGGGGGAUAAAUGUCAGCCGUUGGAUUUCUCGGGUGUAAUUUAUUACGAUAGUUGUGGGAAGCAACUUAACGAGCUGCCUCUUCGGUCUCCACGUGCCAGUCCUUUACCUGGCUACUUGACUCGUGGGAAUUAGAUAUUUUUCUCAGUAGAGCUUUGAUUCGCAUGCUUUUGUGCUGUGAAUUGUGAUUCUAUCUGGCGAGUGGAGGUUUGCGAUUUAAUUUAUGUAUUGCUUAUGAAAUGGAAAAAAAGAAAAGGAAAAUUGUAUAGCAUCAACGAAGCAUCUGUUUUGAUCCUGAUAUUAAUUUCAUGUACCAGUUCUUACCCAUGAAUUAUCACCUGGGGAUGUUGCAAAAUGUGUAUUGCUAUUUUUCUAAAAAUGUUUUUCUUUUCA